AUGAUAAAACUAAUGGAUAAUAAAUAUAAUGUACAUGUUGGAUUAGGACAUCCUUCAAAUUAUACACAUCUUGUUAGGAAUGCAGUUUCAGGUAAAGAUAAAUUUUCAAGACAACCUAGUAAAGUGGCCUUUAAUCUUAGUGAUGAUUUUGGGACGUUAAAUCACAAAAAUUCAAAGUUUAAUAUUACUGUUGGCAGAUUUAACCCUAAAAUUAAAAAAUUUACCCCUCGGCCACAGACAUCGAUUUUAAAACAAUCUAAAUCAGAUGUAACGAGCUCAUCUUCAUCGAUUCAAUACCCACAGGAAUCUAACCUUGAAAACUUAACCUCCCUAUCUAGCUAUGACUUCUCGAAAUUCGGAACAAAUUCAACUAGCAAGUUGUCCCCCGCAGGGUCAUUUGGGAGGAAAUCUGUCACUUUUUCAAGCGUUCUAGUGUCGUCAUCAGAUACGUUAGGUGUCCAAACGAUGUCGUCCUUUGGGUCACAGAAUAAUUCGAAUCUAAGUAAGCAGAGCUCACACCAUAUAGACUCAGAGCAAGAAACUCUUAGAAAGACGUACAGCGCAGGACGCAGAGAUCUUCUAGGCGUCUUCAGAAGCGUAGUCAAGAACGUUAUAAACGUUAACAGACUCGCUAAUCUUAGAAGCGACUACGCGUCGGGGUUUCUGGGAGCUGAGAGUCUGGAGAACGUCGGAUUCGGAGACUACGUGAACAACCAAGAGUCAAUAAACAUUCAAAGUUCCAUAGCAGACGAGCCCCUAAUGAAUAAAGCGUCCACGGACUCGAUUUCACAAAUAGUCAUGCUCAACAGAAAAAGUAAAAGUAGUUUGAAUUCCAAUUUCGGAGUAAAGCUUUCUAAAAUAAAACAAAAGUAUCAAUUCGUCCAAGGCCUCUUAGACGACUUAGGAGAUCCUCUAAAACUACUCAAGAACGACGAACCCCUCUCUAACAUAUUGGAUGAACAAGUAAACACAUCAAGACUAAUCCAUCCGUUCUACAUCAACUACUACCCGAAGAAACAGGAGAUCGUAGAGGAAGAGUUUGAUUCACAGAAACUUUGUAAAUCAUCAGCAAAUGAGAAGAGGAAUUUCAGAAUGGAAGACUAUCCAUCUCUCUUAUCGGUUAGAAAUUAA